CGUGAAUGCGGGUCUGCUAUGACAGCGCACUCGUGCAUACCUAUAACUAUGCGGACUCUGUUAAUGAGGUAAUGUGAUGUAGGAAAGUGUAUGUAAAGUGGUUUUGUGGGGUGAAUGGUUCAUGAACUGCAAUUCAAUCUACAUAUAGCGGCUAUGCAUGCCUGCAGGAACACUGCUGCGCGCUAACUAGCUGUACUACGUCUGAGGCAUGACGCAGCUAUUACUUCCUUAUUGCGCCCACUCAGGCUGUUUGUAACCGUGGACACACACCACCAAACCUUUCAGCACCGCCAACCACAUCUGAUGCUCUCAGCUCCGCCGAAUCCGCUUAAAUCAUCUCUCCGAAUCUUCCAGACAGUCCUUGUCUAGGCUUCACCUGCACCCCUCGCCAUGUCUACACUCCACGAGGCUCUCACGCAGCUGCGGCCAAAGGACUACUCCGACGUCCCAAUCGACGACCUCGGCCCUUUCCUCCGCAAUGUAUUCGACCAAGCAGAGAUCAUUGCAAACAGCGUGCCUCCGCCGCCCGGAGGCGACGACUUCCUCACCGCACAACCUACACGCACAGAAGCCCGUCCAGCAAGCGCAGCUGCCGACAUGACGGUGUCGAGAGCGCGCCCACCACCGCCAGACCCGUCACACGCGGAGCUCUACUCGAGCUGGGGGAAGGCGAUUAAGCUCAGUGCCAAGGAGAAUCCGCUCGAGAUGUCGGUGUAUAAGAUGGCGGGCAAAGACAGGCAUGGUGCGUGGUUUGGGCGGAGAAGUAUACACGAGGGACUGGGAUUCUCGAAAUGGAAGAAGGCGAUGCAGUUGGAGUUUGCGGAGAGUCUGGCUGUGCAGGGCGCGCCAGGAGAGGGUAACGUGAGGGGUAUCGGCGGGGAUAAGAGAUUGGAGAAGGUAGAGCUGGACGGUGUUGGGAAAGUGGAAGUAUAUCAGCUAUCAGCGCAGUUCCCCGGUCCUGUCGCCCCUCGAGAGUUUGUCACAUUACUCCUGACCUCGGACAACGCCCUGACUGAAAAGUCCGCACCUCACGUCGAUUCUCCAGAGGUAAUCAAGGAGGUGCCACGUCACUUUCUGAUUGUCUCGAUACCUGUAACGCACCCAGAUGCUCCAGCGCGGAAUGGCCUGGUGCGAGGACAAUACGAGUCUGUCGAGAUGAUUCGAGAGAUACCUCUUCCAAAGUCGAAAACCACGUCAAAUGUUAGUCUCGCAGACGAGACUGGAGAUGCGUCUGAAGCAGACUUCGACGUCGACGUAGAUGAUGCUGUUGCGGAACGCAAUCCUGUCGAGUGGAUAAUGGUCACACGAAGCGAUCCUGGAGGCGGUAUACCUCGUUUCAUGGUAGAACGUGGCACACCCGGCAGCAUCGUCACAGACGCCAGCAAGUUCCUGGAUUGGGCAUGCGCAAAAGAUGAGAACGACCUUGAGGAUGGCAGUAAGCCAAACGAUGCCGCAGCCGAAUCAACCCGCAAGAGCAUCGAAAGCAAACGCUUCAGCGUUGUAGAAAACAACGCCUACCUCGCCGGCGUGGGUGAAAGUAUCGCAGACCGGCCCUCGACAAGUCGCACACACUCCAAGACCGCCAUACCUACCGCAUCCGAUCCUCAGCCAGCACCAGUUGGCAUCAUCUCCUCUAUCGCGGCAUCACUCCCAACCGUGAUUCAGACCCACCUCCCAGGCUCAUUCGUCCCUGACUCAUCCCCUUCGUCCUCCUCUGAUUCUGAAUCAACCCUCUCCUUCGCCUCCGCCGACGAAUUCGCAUCCAGCUCCGACCCAUCCACCCCGAUCCCAUCCUCCAACUCCGCCGCCGCAAGCCUCUCCUCCAUUGAACCACGCGCCCUCGACGACACUGACUCAACCAACUCCGGCAUCCCCUCACCAGCCCCCUCCCGCCACCAAAAAGAACUCGACAAAAUCGCCCGCCAGAGAACCGACCUCGAAGACAAACUCACCAAGCAGCGCCAACGCGCCGAGAGCCGCGCCGCCGAAGAGUCCAAGAAAGGCGAACAACAAGCCUCCAAGGCCCGCGAGAAACACGCCCGCCAGAUCAAGCAGCAGCAAGAAAAAUACGAAAAGGAAAUGGCCCGCCUCGAGGCGAAGCGCGAAAAGGAGGCCCGCAGACUGCUCGACAGGCAGCGCAAGGAGCAGGAUAGGACGGAGCUGGCAAAGGUGAAGCGCGAGCGGGAUGAGUCUGUGCAGAGAGCGCUGAUUGCGGAGAAGGAGGCUGCGCUUUUGCAGUUGCGGGUUGGGGAGUUGCAGAGGGAGAAUACGGCGCUUGUGGGCCGUGUGGGGAGGAUGGAUGGUGGAUUGGAGGUGUUGAGGGAGGUUAGGGAUGAGGUUGGUGGUGGUCUUGGUGGUCCUGGAAGUGGGAAGGGGAGUAGUGGUCGGAGUCGAGGGGCUAGUUCGGUGAGUUUGGCGAGUUCGGGGCGGAGUGCGAGGACGGAGGGGAGUGUGGAGAAGGAGAAAGACAAGGAGAAGGAGAAUAGGGGGAGUUUAUUAAAGGAGAGUGAGGCUGUGGGUUAGAAAUAGGAGGAUGGCGUGGUUAGUCUGCAUGAGCGACAUGAGCGGCAUAGCAAUGUCUGUCCUGUCCAUCAAUCUAUCAAUCAAUGUAUCAAUAUAUCAUAUACGUCUGUCUAUAUGGAUAUUUCAUUCAUCUACAUGUAUAUCCUAUGCAUCUAUAUGGUAUCAACCCCACACACAUCCU